AUGAACUCCCUCGUACAGUCGGCGAGGAGAAAUCCUCAGAGCGCUUCUCUUCUCAGAGCUUCCGCGCGGGCGGUUCAGAGCCACGGCAGGACACCCGCGCAUUCCCGGUUACUCUCGACAGAGCUCAGUGGCAAUGCCGCCCUGGCCUUUUCACGACAACAAUCCACCUUCCGACCUACACCCCUCCGAUCACAGUUCCUCCCCGAAGAUGUGCGAUUCAUCACAAGCUCGAUGCAGGCGCGCUCGUUCCACUUGACAGCACGACAGCUUCAGCAACAGCAGACCGAGAAGCCCAAGGCCCCCGAAGAAAGCGCAAAGCCUACCGAGGAGGCCAAGCCCAAGGAGGCCGAGUCGGAGGCCAAGGAGGAGUCUUCCGAGAAGAAGCAAGAGGAGGGCGAGAAGACCGAGGGAGAGCAGGAAGGCGAGAAGAAGAAGGAAAAGAAGGAGGACCUCCCUCCGCCACCGCCCCACGGCGAUAAGACACCAUGGCAGGUUUUCACGGAGACCAUGCAGGCCGAGUUCAGCAAGUCCAAGGAAUGGAACGAGUCGACCAAGGCCUUGUCUGGUGAGAUCCAGGACUUCACCGAGAGCGAGCGCGUGAGAAAAGCCCGCGAGGCUUACGAGAAGUCUACCGGAGCUCUGUCGUCUGCUGCCACCACUGCGGUCAAGUCUACCGCCGGAGCCAUCGGCAAGGGUGCUGCGUGGACAUGGGAUACCAGCGCUAUGAAGGGAGUCCGCAAAGUCGCCAACGUUACGGGAGAGGCGCUUGACAAGGCGACCAAGCCUAUCCGUGACACUGAGGCGUACAAGAACGUCAAGGAUGUCAUUGAUGACGGCAGCAGCUCGCGCUACGGCGGCUGGGUUGAGAAGGAGGAGCGUAGGAAGAAGCGCGAGGCCGAGCAGUCCAAGAACGGCGGCCAGCCCGAGGUCUUUGAAGAAGACCCCAACGCUGGCACCAACGUUACCCUCCACAAGGACGCCGCCUGGAAGGAAGCCUGGAGGGAUUUCAAGGACUCCAACAAGUUCGCCCAAGGUUUCUUCAACGCCGGCAAGGUCUACCGCGAGUCCGAGAACCCCCUCAUCGAGACGGCGCGACUUGUCACGGACAAGAUCGGCGGCUUCUUCGCCGAGAACGAGACGGCGCAGGUCAUCAAGAGGUUCCGCUCCAUGGACCCCAACUUCCAGACCGAGCCCUUCCUGAAGGAGCUCCGCGAGUACAUCCUGCCCGAGGUCCUCGACGCCUACGUCAAGGGCGACGUCCCGACCCUCAAGCUCUGGCUCUCCGAGGCCCAGUACUCCGUCUACGAGGCCCUCACCAAGCAGUACCUCCAGGCCGGCCUCAAGUCGGACGGCAAGAUCCUCGACAUCCGCCACGUCGACAUCGUGCGCGCGCGCAUGCUCGACCCCGGCGAAAUCCCCGUCUUCGUCAUCACCUGCAGGACGCAGGAGGUGCACGUCUACCGCAACGCCAAGAGCGGCGAGCUCGCGGCCGGCAUGGAGGAUAAGGUCCAGCUUGUCACGUACGCUAUCGGCAUCACCCGCGUGCCGGACGACGUCAGCAACCCCGAGACGAGGGGAUGGCGUCUCAUCGAGAUGCAGAAGAGCGGAAAGGACUACUACUAA